CCAGCAGCCAGGCGCGACACGAAAGCUGCUGCAACGACAUGUGCAGAUUGACGUCUCUCUCAAAUAAAAUAUCGCCGCCAUGACUGCUCCAGCCACGUUGGAUGUCCAGGGCCGUCCUAUGACAUACGAAGAGGCCGCCGAGGAAGAGUUCAACGUCCUCAGCCGCCUUGGGCAUAGUGCAGCUCUCAAGACAUUGGCCGACGACCUCUGGCGGCACAGAAAAUCGAUUGAGGGUUUGACGCGACACCACCUGGGACUGGGCAAGCAUGACACCUGUGAUGUUCUCGAGCGCCGCCACUGGAUCCGGGGCGGCUUCAACAUGUGUGUCUUGCUCAAUAUAACCUCGCCAGGACGUCAGGAGAGGAAGGUUGUGUUUCGUUGCGCCAUGCCACACAAGCUCGCUGAAGCAAGAUAUCCCGGCACGGUAGACGAGAAGCUGGGUUGCAAAGUUGGGUCAUAUGUCUUCAUCCAAGAGAAUUGCCCUAAUGUUCGUAUCCCCCACCUCUAUGGCUUUGGCUUUUCCGACAGCCGCCAGUUUACACAUGUCUGCCACAGGCCAUUCCUGGUCCGUAUCUCACAUAUGUUCCGCCGCUGCAUCUACCGCUUAUUCGAUCGGGUGCUCUCCCAGUACACCUGCAAUGCAACCCACCACAGUGUCCCGUUUGCUUACCUGCUGCUGGACCGUAUCAAUCCCAAAUCUGGGCAGAUGCUAUCAAACACGUGGGACAAGUACAGAGACGAUCCUGCUCGGAGACAGAGACUAUUCCGAGGAAUGGCCAAGAUCAUGCUAUCGCUGGCGCGUCUCCCCCAGAUGCAGAUCGGAUCCUUCCAAUUCAAUGAUGACGGCACCUUAACGCUGAGAAACCGGCCCUUAACUUGCUCCAUGAGCUUGCUAGAAAACGACGGAGCACCGAGGACGAUGCAGAGGAGCGACACGUACAAAUGCACCGACGCCUUCGUGGCCGACAUGAUCACCUUUCACGACCAGCGCUUUCUCCACCAGCCCAACUCGGUCAACAGCGAAACCGACUGCCGCAGCCAAAUGGCCGUCAUGACACUGCUCCGGGUCUUCUCGCACCGGUUCAUCAAGCGGGAGCACCGUUACGGGCCUUUCCUGCUCCAGCUCACCGAUCUCCACGCCAGCAACCUGUUUGUGGACGACGACUGGAACGUCACCUGUCUGAUCGACCUAGAGUGGCUCUGCGCGCUGCCCCGGGAGAUGCUCGACGUGCCGUACUGGCUUACCGGAUGCAGCAUUGAUCAGAUUCAGGAUGAUCGCUACGUCGAGUUUGACAAGAUACGGCGCGAAUUCAUGCACGUUUUUGAGAAAGAGGAACGUACGAUGGCAGCCGAGCAGGGACUCACCAUCACAGUCUCGAGUGUCAUGCAAGAAAUGUGGGACUCGAAUGGGACAUGGUUUUGGCGUUGCCUAUCGUCCGUGAACGCCAUGUACCUCCUGUUGGAAGACCACCUCUGCCCUGGACGCCUUCCCGUCAGUGUCGAGGAGGCGGUGUCGCAGUUUUGGUGCGAGGAUCCGGAUGCCGUGGUCCGGGCGAAGCUAGCCGAUAAGGAGCGCUAUGACGAGCUCCUGAGGCAAGAGUUCUAGAAAAUGAGCGAGUAGGAUGGUGGGGUGUCCCUGCCCAGCUUGUGUGUAUUGAAGGAAUGUCGGGGGGUUGGGGGGUUAGGUAUGGGCGAAAGCUGUGAAGGCCGAUCGGAAUUGUAAACAGUAUCUCCGGGUCGGCGAGCGUUGGUGCUCGUCGGGUGGUGCUCUCCAUCGUGUCUUGCCGUUUGUUCUU